GCAGCUGCAUCUCCUCCAAAGCCAGGAUGGAGGCUCCGGUGUGCCUGAUUGAAAACACACCCAAUGGCCUCCACGUUUCUCCGGAGGCCCUUCGGUUGCUCUCAGAAAUCCGGCAGCCGGUGGUGGUGGUGUCCAUCGUGGGACUGUAUCGCACGGGCAAGUCCUACCUGAUGAACAAGCUGGCUGGCAAAAAUUCAGGUUUCUCUUUGGGCUCCACAGUGCAAGCAAAAACGAAAGGAAUCUGGAUGUGGUGUGUUCCCUAUCCGGACAGGCCUAACCAAACCCUUGUCUUGCUGGAUACUGAGGGGUUAGGUGACGUGGAAAAGGGUAGUUCUCAAAAUGAUACCUGGAUCUUCGCUUUGGCCGUGUUGUUGAGCAGCACCUUGGUCUACAACAGUGUGGGGACCAUUGAUCAGACUGCCCUAGACAAGCUUCAUUUUGUGACAGAGCUGUCUGAACAUAUCAAGGCAAAGGCUUCCUCCAGUCCUGAAGAUACAGAUGAUUCUUCUGAAUUCGUUGGCUUCUUCCCAACAUUUGUCUGGUCCGUGCGAGAUUUUGCACUGCAGCUGGAACGGGAUGGGAAACCCAUCACGGAGGAUGAAUAUCUCGAACAUGCUCUGGAAUUAAAAAAAGGUAACAGUAAGAAGAAGCAGAUGUUCAAUCUGCCCCGGAAAUGCAUCCGACUGUUCUUCCCCACCCGGAAGUGCUUUGUCUUUGAUUGCCCUACUAAAAGUAGGAAUUUACCCUACCUGGAAAAGAUGGUGGAUAAUCAGCUGGAGCCUGAAUUUGUGGAACAAGCAAAGAAAUUCUGUUUUUAUAUCUUUGCGAUGUCCCAAGAAAAGACUCUACCAGGCGGGCACGUUGUCACCGGCAACUUGUUGGCAAAGUUGGUUGAGACCUAUGUGGAUACUAUCUCCAGUGGGAACGUUCCCUGCCUGGAGAACACAGUCUUGGCCUUGGCGGAGAUUGAGAACACGGCAGCCGUGCAGGAAGCUGUUGCUCGCUAUGCACAACUGAUGGAGCAAAGCUUGGAGCUACCCACUGAUAGUUUCCAGGAACUUCUGGACAUACACAAAAAAUGUGAGGAACAAGCCCUCCAGAUGUUCAUGGCUCGUGCUUUCAAGGAUGAUAAACGUCAGUUCCAGCUUGAACUCAUGAAAACUGUGGAAAGCAAGAAGGAAGAGUACUGUGAGAAAAAUAAGGAGAUAUCUUCUGAAAUCUGUUCAGAUUUAUUAGACAAACUAUCUGAGGGCUUGGAGGAGAACAUCAACAACGGAAGCUACUCCCGAGCUGGUGGCCACCAGGAAUUUCUUAAUGACCUCCAAAAAGUGGAGAAACAAUACUUUGAGACACCCAGGAAAGGAAUAAUGGCAUGGAGGAUCCUGAAAGGAUUCCACCGGGGCAAGGAAAGCAUUAGCAAAACCAUCCUUCAAAAUGACGUAACCCUUCAAAUGAAAGAGAAGGAAAUAGAAGAUGAAAAGAUGAAGGCCAAAGCCAAAGAGUUAGAGAAGGAAGUUCAGAAGCGGGACAAAGAAAUGUUGAAACAGAAGUUGGAGGACCACAGACAGAGUCAGGACAUGAACCUUCAGAAGCUAAAGGAGAAGAUGGUAGAAGAAAAGCAGCAGAUGCUGGAAGAGUAUGAGAAGAUGAUCGAAAGCAAACUCAGGGAACAAAAGGCUUUAUUGGAAGAGGGUUUCGAGAAGGAAGCGAGCCAGCUGAACGAGAAGAUUGAGGAGCUGAGAAAGAAAAAAGACGAAAUGGAAAAACCGAGUUGGAUCUCCUCAGCUUUGGAAAACCUGAGAACUGCGAUCCGUGAAAAAUUAGCAAUAAUUCAUGAUGAGGUUGUUGAACCGGUUGUAGACCGGUUCAAAAAUCUUAUCAAGAAUAUAACUUCAAAGGCCUGAGUUUCCAUCCCAAAAAUGACCUGGCUGCAUUCUUACUAGAGUUAUUUUAGAUACGUUCUGUAAAUUUAAAUUCAUAGCAGGCAAAAUCAU